UCCUGAUACGUGGCUGUUUUGGGGGGGACCCGACACCGACUCGUGUGCAGCAGCGUGCGGAUGUCUGUCUGCAGCAGCCGGGGGCUCGUCUGGAGGAACUCAGUCUGCCUCCAUCAAACCGGCCUGGAUGGCAGGGACACACCGGUGCAAAGACUCCCGAAACCCAGAGCAUCACUGGCUUCAAGUGCUUCUUGGACCGUGGAACGGAUGAAAGGUGGAAGCUGUCGGAGGCCCAGCUGGGCUCUAGCUGCUCUGUUUAUCCCCGUUGCCCUGUUGAUGCUGACCUCCAGGGGGGCAUCAAGCAGCCAGAAGAUGACACAAACCGCUAUGGCUCACGCAACAGCUACAGCCGCAGGACCCGGGCCCUGCUUGACGGAUGACCUCCCGGGCCUCCGGGCCGUGGCAGACUUCUUAGCCAGCGAGCAAGCUCACGUUUGGCUCCUGUCCCUGGUGGGCUCCGUUGCUGUGGGGCUCAGCGGGAUCUUCCCCCUGCUCGUCAUUCCGAUUGAAGCCGGAGCAGCCCUCAAAACAGAAGCUGGAAGUCAGAAGCUGAAGCAGCUCUUGAGCUUUGCUAUUGGUGGUCUCCUUGGAGAUGUGUUCCUUCACCUGCUUCCUGAGGCGUGGGCGAUCUCCGGCUCCCCAGCGAGUAAACACAACCACUACAUGACCCAGGGCUUGUGGGUAAUCGUCGGUCUGCUGGCCUUCCUUCUCCUGGAGAAAAUGUUCCCAGACCAAGACAGCCAGGAGGAUCCCGCUACGGAUCCGGACCUGAAUUCUAACUCGGCCACGCAGGCUAAUUCCGUGCUCGGUGGAAAAGCAGCGGUGUCACUCAGAAAUGGGCACCAUGCUGAGUCAUGGAAAUCCUCCAAGCAACAGAGUCUGCAGGAAAGAUCAGAGAAAAUCAAGACGAGCGGAUACUUGAACCUACUGGCUAACUGCAUUGACAACUUCACCCACGGGCUGGCGGUGGCUGGGAGUUUCCUGGUGAGCAAAAAGGUCGGGUUCCUCACCACUUUUGCCAUCCUGCUCCAUGAAAUCCCCCACGAGGUGGGCGACUUCGCCAUCCUCCUGAGGGCCGGCUUCGACCGGUGGAGCGCCGCUCGCAUGCAGCUGACCACGGCGCUGGUCGGCGUCUUCGGAGCUUGUUUCGCUUUGUACGCUCAGUCACCGAAAGGCACCGAAGACGCCAGCGCCUGGAUUUUGCCUUUCACGUCUGGAGGCUUCCUCUACAUAGCCUUGGUGAAUGUGGUGCCUGACCUGCUGGAGGAGUCCAAUUUAAGACACUCCCUUCUGCAGAUACUGCUCAUCUUCUGCGGCGUGGCCGUCAUGGCUCUGCUCUCCACGGUUGUCGACUGAAUGUGGAGAGGAGGGAAAAAAAAAAACACAAGAAACACUACAAAAAACCCACCCACCGACCUCUUUCACAUCCCUCUCCCCUCGAUGCUGAGGUCAAGCUAAAACAAAUAUCGGACAAAAGAACGGCACUUUAUAGAGGGACAGCUGAAGAAACACUUUGACGAUUCGCUGACCGGACGCUUUUUCGUGGACACUUUUUUUAAACGUGCCAUUGUUCAAACACCAAAUGAGAAUUGAGACUUGUUUGUAUAGAUAUCUGUUACCAAACUGUCUUUGUUGACCAGACAAUCACGAUGUUUUGCACAUGUAUUUACACAGGUACACCUGUCGUACCUGCUCAGAGCAGAAACAAUAAUACAGAACAGGUAUUACCCGACCUCCUCCUCCUCCUCCUCCUCCUGAUUCCACAAACCCAAAUUGUUUAAAUGUGUGUAUGUGUUGCUGCUGUUGUGCAUCUUUUGUUUCCUGCGUAUUUAUUGAAAACGAGAGAGCAGCUCCACCGGACGUGCAGUCUCAUCGCUUUAGUCGCCUCUAGAGAGAUAAGUGCCAAGGAGUCAGGAGGGUCCCUCACGCUCGUGUCAGCUCCACGCCAAAGUGCAUUUCAUCUGUUCGUGUCUCCCUGCCCCUCUGGGCCAUCUCCACACUUUCUUUUUUUUUUUUUUUUUUUUUGUUCAGGAUGGGGGGGGGGCGGCAGAGGUUGGUGCU